GAAUGCAUGUUUUUCUUCGUUUUAUGACGUAUGAGCUCCUUUGCGGCUUUUGAGGCCAAAUAUCUACUUCUCUUACUAUAUUAUGUUUAACUUUAUCGGAUUUUGAUGUAUCAUAUUGACCAAUAACCUGGAAGGUUGGUUUUGUCUUCCCUACCAUCACAACGAUAAUAAUCUUCUUUAUCGGAACCAAAAUGAUGUUUUUCAUAAUUUUGGGCGCAUACAUAUGCAACCAUUUGGUUCUUGGUUGCGAUGUGAACGAUAAAUCGAACCCCAAGUUGCCCAAGCACUUCGCUGUUGACAUUGAUGGCACUUACAGGGUAUUGAACGAUGACGUCAUGAAUAAGAACGCAACAGCUUUUGGUAAAGCCAUUGAAAAAGGAAUCAACGUCUUCUUUGCUACUGGGAGAACUUUCCAAGAAACACAAAGGCUAUUCAAUAAAUCUGACUUCCAAAAAAUGCAUUACAAUUCUCUGCCAGGAGUAUAUGCUGAUGGAGCAGUAGUUUACGAUGAAGAUGGAAAUUUACUCAGCUUAAAAACCUUGAGCCACGACGUAGUGGAUGAUGUGUUAACCAUAGUCAUGAAAAACUGUGAAAAAUAUAAGCCUAUUGUGUUCACGAAUGAUGAUAUUUAUCUGCUUUGUGAUAUCGGACCUGAAUUGAGUGAGAAGUUCCAUAAAUAUGUUGAAAAUGCUAAAAGUUCAUAUAUAACACAAGAAUCAUUAAGAAAUAAAGAUGUAUUGUUUUUGGUUAGCAGAUUUGCGGACGAAAUCUUACGCAACCUAAGUGAUGAUACCAUUAAUAGUUUUAUCCACUCUCCUUUUGCUUACGGUUUCUAUAAAUUUUCACCACUAAACGUUAACAAGGCUGAAGGUAUUAAAUGCUUAAUGAAGCGUUACAACACGACAAUUGAAAACUGUGGGUGCAUGGGUGACAACCUCAAUGAUCUUGAAAUGCUAUCCGAAUGCCCAUAUUCCUUUGCCCCUAAUAAUGCUAAAGAUCAAACGAAACAAAAGGCCAAAUAUGUUAUGAAAGAAGACUAUUCUGAGGGAGCUUUUGCUAAGGUAAUGGAAAAGCUCUAUGGCAUUAUCGUAUAAGACUAAACAACUAUUUUAUAGGCAUGUGAAGAAUAUUUUCCAGCGUUAUAUAAAUGGAUAUUUAUGACAUGUUAAAGGAUUCAUUCGCAAAGAUCUGGUAACCUUGUAACAUCUUCUUCCCUCUACAUUUUGAGAUUGAUAUAGUAUAUUACUCAAUACAAGGGAGACAUCCAAGAAAACGUUGCGCUAUAUAACAACAUGUCUGUUAUCUAAACAUGUACUCUCCGCCAAAUGAACGGUCAGUACACACAAAAGUAACGCAGUUUUUAGAGUGGGUAAAUCAAACCUGUAUACAAGCAGACUUACAGUUCAAGGAAAGUAUGAAAUGAAGUUUGCUCAUUUACGCAUCUCAGAUUCUAUGUGUAUUUGCUUUAUUGGCAAUGUUGAGUACGGACAAUUGCGAAUCUGACCUGAUCAUUAGAGAAUGUGUAUAAAAAUGGCAUUCGCAAAAUGCGUAAGUGGCAUGCUUGCCCGCAUCGCACAGUGAGUCAACACAUGGAUAUAUGGUUCAAAGACACAUUUGUCUUUUGAGCAGCCGCAGCAUCACAUGCAACAUAA